AGCCAAUCAGCAGCGCGCUCUGCCAGCCAGGAGGACGCAUAAAAGAAGAACAUUGCAGCAGAGGCACAGAAGGAGACUGCGAGAGGAGCAGGGAAUUACACACAAAAACAGCAGAACUAGAACACCCUCCCCUGGACACACCCUGCUGAGGAUCACUGCUUCUCUUUUUUCAGAACCAUCGCCCACGCCACUCGGAGAGAACGCUCUCCCUCAUCAUCAUCCAGUAGAAAACCCCUUUCUCCUCAUUUUCAUCCUAUAGAGGACACCUACAAUCUCAAAGGGCUGAGAUCCCCUGGCGAAGACUGUAUUUUUUUCCUUUUUUUCUUUUUUUUUUCUUUUAAUUUGGAGUCCUGACAGAACAUAAGGGCCAUACAAUAUAAAGGCCGAAGAGCAUAUAGAGACUCCAGCUCCAAGACCAGUGCAAAGAAGGACCUAGAUUUCUUUCAUUGUACGUCAAGAAUGGUUACUAUAAUCAGCACCAUGGAAACCCAGGUAUCCAACGGUCCAAGCGGAACCAGUCUGCCCAACGGUCCAGUCAUUAGCACCAAUGGCUCCACAGACGACAGCAAAACCAACCUGAUCGUCAACUACCUGCCUCAGAACAUGACCCAGGAAGAGUUUAAAAGUUUGUUUGGUAGCAUCGGAGAGAUCGAGUCCUGCAAGCUAGUCAGAGACAAGAUAACAGGUCAGAGUUUGGGAUAUGGCUUUGUGAAUUAUGUGGAUCCAAAUGAUGCAGAUAAGGCCAUCAACACAUUGAACGGUCUAAAACUGCAGACAAAAACAAUCAAGGUAUCAUAUGCCCGUCCAAGCUCAGCCUCUAUUCGUGACGCCAACCUUUACGUCAGUGGACUACCUAAAACCAUGAGCCAGAAGGACAUGGAACAGCUGUUUUCCCAAUACGGCCGCAUUAUUACAUCCCGCAUCCUAGUGGACCAAGUCACAGCAGGCAUAUCACGAGGAGUGGGAUUCAUCCGGUUUGACAAACGAAAUGAAGCAGAGGAGGCCAUCAAAGGUCUGAACGGACAGAAGCCUUUGGGUGCCGCUGAGCCCAUCACUGUCAAAUUUGCCAACAAUCCCAGCCAGAAGACAGGCCAGGCCUUACUGACUCAACUGUAUCAGACAGCUGCCAGACGCUACACGGGGCCCCUGCACCACCAGACUCAGCGUUUCAGCAUGAUCCCUUCACAUGGAAAGGGACCAGAUCCAAAUAGCAGCUCAAAACCAAUACUCGACAAUUUACUAAACGCCAGCUACGGAGUCAAGAGUUCUCCUACUCUCUUCCCCAGAUUCUCGCCCAUCACCAUUGACAGUAUGACCAGCCUGGCUGGGGUCAACCUUACUGGUCCAACUGGAGCUGGCUGGUGCAUCUUUGUGUACAACCUAUCCCCUGAGGCAGACGAGAGUGUCCUGUGGCAGCUCUUUGGGCCCUUCGGCGCCGUCACUAAUGUCAAGGUCAUCCGUGACUUCACCACCAACAAAUGUAAGGGCUUUGGCUUUGUCACCAUGACCAACUAUGACGAAGCUGCCAUGGCUAUCGCUAGCCUUAACGGCUACCGCCUGGGUGACCGCGUGCUGCAGGUUUCCUUCAAGACCAGCAAGCAGCACAAGGCCUGAGAGAGAGGCUGUUGCUGCCAGCUCCUUCAACCUGCAGGGAGAGCGAGUUGAGCUCCCUGCGCCAUCACUCUAUAUGGGCCUGGACUGAGUCUCUCUCUGACACAUUCUCACACAAAUCCAUAUUAUAUUACCACACACACAGACAUUCAGAUGCACAUACACAUACACACAUGACCAAACAUAAUCCAUACGCAAGCAUAUACAAGUCAGAGUUUCAAACAAACACACUAGUGGAGUUUUUCUUUUCUCUUUACACAACAUGCUAGUCCUUCCCUAUAUUUGCCUGGAUUGAAUUAGAAGGGGUACGUAGCUGGUUUGUUGGGUAGGGGUAAGAGCUAUCUAUUUAGGAGACAGUCUAACGAAUGUGACAGAGAAUGUGUACUGAGUGCUUUGAUUGAAUUCAGGCAAAUAAUGACAACUGAUGAACAAAACGAUCAAAAAUUUAAACGAAUAUGUGCAAUUUACCCAAACUCUUACCCCACCAUCUCUCCUAUUAUCUUGCUGGAGAGAAUGUAGUCACUUUUUUACACUUGGGCAUUUUGAAUCAGCGAUUUUUUUAGAUCAAAGAAAAUGAAAUUAAAAACAGUGUUCUCUUAUAUACGUCUAUUAAAAUAUAACUAUAUAUUCAAUAUUUAAGGUGGUUAUAAUAGCCGAGUAUGUAAGCAUUUUCUAGAAACUUUGACUACUGUUUCCUGACCUGCAUUAGGUGGUGCCUAGUGUAAAGGCAGUUUCUCUACCUUAUGUGAGCCUGUUAGCUCAGACCCUACAUGAUUUAGGUUAAAUAAUGAAUACUGGUCACAGAGAAGAGUAGUCGGAAAACCAUCAGAAUCACUCUUUCCCUCACAGUCUCACACCAACCCAAUAGCACACAAAUGUAUCACAGAAACACAUUUUUAAAUAAUUACUAGAAGAUAUACACAUAUUUAGUCCACUACAAAGAGAAAAGGUCCUGUAUUUCGUCUAAUCUAUCCUCACGAUGGAUUAAACACAAGCAGACUGUCUGUGAACUUAGAGCAAGGUGGCAGUGCUCCCAUGGUGACAGUGUUCAUUAGUGAUUCUCUGGAGGGCUGGCGAGUGACGAGUGCGAGGGGAAAACCGUUUCACCAUAACACAGCCACGUCAAAGGAAAAUACCGGUGUUUUUUUCACUUUUUGCAUCAUUUUUCAUUGCACCUGUAUUUUACAUUAUCCACAGGCCAUUUUCUAUUGCACGGCUUUGCCAGCCAUGGUAGUGUAAGAUCCCUUUAACAGAAAAAUUAUCUAGUGUCUUUAGGUCAAGAGAAAAUCUAACAAGACAUUAAGACAUCCAAAUAAUUUUUGCUGACAUGCUUGUCAUUGAACUCAACAGUAAUUAAGGUGAAUCUGUGUCUUAAGGUAGAUAUCGAUAACUGAUGCAGAUGAUUUAGAUGUUUUCAGCAUAAUUAGGUAAUGGAAAAAGAAAUGCAACUCAGAAGACACGAUCAAAUAAACGAACUCGACAAUGGUCUAUGCAGGUUUGCUGAGAAGUAACAUGAGCAAAAAUUCAAGAGCACCGGUAUUAUUCUAAAUUCUAGUGCACAGAAAGAAACUCACUAAGUAAAUAAGGUCAAACUUUUACAUUUCCGUGGAAUACAUGGUUCUGCAGUAACAAUAUGCUUAGAGCAGAUUAAGAGGACUGCAGAUCCAAACGACUGAAUAUUUAAAAUGGACUUACAGUCACACGUAUGAGCGAUGAUAUCUGGCAAGGUUAAAAUUAUCACUGAUCAUUUAAAGAGAAAAAUGACCAGUUCCUCAAGCUUUGCCAAAUGCUCUUCAGUUUUAUUUUUAACCCCUCUAUUCUCUAAAAAGCUUCCCAGAAACUGAACUCCUGCACUCUCAAAAGAUGACUGUACAACAUCAAGCCUGCAAAUAAGUAUCAUAAUUUGACUUCUGUUUACAACAGAAAGGUAUUUUAUUUAUUUGCUUCAGAUCUGUUUGGCACUUCCACAAAAAUAGCAUUUCUCAAAAUAUCCCCAACCCAAUUGCAUGAAAAUUAUUUAUGGCACCCUUGAUGAAGCAUUAAGGCCAACCUGUCUAGCUAAAAUGUCUGUUACAGACCAGACAUGAGAUCUACCAUGGGGAGAGCUAAUGUCUUUCAAUAUCAAGACAUCUGCACAUGAUCAUAGAUUAAAUGAGGUCAACUAUAUUCAAGACAUUUUUGCUUUUGCUUUUCUAAAUGACGCUGUGUUAGCCAAAGAGGACGAUCUCUUUGAAAGGAUUACAUUAGAGAUAAAUCUAUUUUUAUACAUACAAAGGAACAAGACCUUGUGCUGAAUUUUUACAGAUUCUUAAGCUUGGAAAAAUUGGGACAUCGCAUGGCUUUAUUUUAAACCCUCUGAUCUUUGCAGAGCAAGGGGGAACAAGCAUGCGGUGUAUGGGUGGGGAUUUAGGGAGGGGGCGAAGGAACAUUGUAUCUCAUACAAACUUAACUGUUGAACCAUAUCGAAAUGUCUGAAACAAACUUAACAAAAGCAAAUCUGAUGUAAAAAGUUAAAUUAAACAGUUAGUUGUAUAACCUGACAGACACAUCUAUAGUUUUGAGUGCUUAGCCACUCACAUCUCUUGUCCUGAAGUUGUGUACAGUGUUGCUUCAAUGAUGGUGCAGUGAAGCGAAGUUCUUUGACUUGAGAAUCCCAGACAAAGCUGCAGUGAGACUGGCUCAGUGCCUAGCUGAAAAACUGAAUAGCUGCUUGCAAAAGGUAAAAUGCAGAUUCAAACAGGGACGCAGAUUCAUAAUGAACAUUGAGCAUGAUUCUUUAUGAUUAGAAAAAUUUGAUUUUUGCCAAAGAAUUGCUUUGCAAGUCAGUACAAAGAAGGAUACAUUAAGACUAAUAACUAUAUUAUUCCCUGAGUAAUUGCUGUACAAAUCUAUGUUAUUUAUUGAAUAAGGACCCUCUACAAUUUAAGUUAUCAUUACUUUUGAAUAUCUAAGUUGCGCAUAUCAGUUUGCAUUAGUAAAUCCUAACACCACUAAACCAACUGCUAAUAUAAACACCUGCAAGAAAUCCCAUUUGCACACAUUUCAUGCAGACCCUAAAUGAUGAAAAAAAAAGCAUAUCAAAAAUAAAUUGUGAUGUAUCAGUUCACCUAUUGAAAAGGAAACGUUUUAUGCAUCCACAUAAUGUAUUUCCCCAAUAUUUCUAUCAUCUGCUUUGUCUUGUGACCGAUUUAAUCUUCUAAAGCCGUUAACAUUGCACCAUUUUAAAUAUGUUUUAAUCUGACCACUGUUUCAUCCCCAGAAGUACUCUGAAUGAUUGUUGCUGGUGUCUCCAGAGCUAACCACAUGAAAGACUAUUCUAUCUAGGUUUGGGCAGUUUGCAAGAGACAGCACAGUAGGACACCAAGUUGUACUUGGUGAGACCAGUGAUAGACGUUUGAAACAACCGAGAUAACAUGCCGCGUUGAACUGCAGCUGGAGUUGUUUACCCGGCCAUGUCCGAUAAAGUCAAUUCACAAAGCAAAUCCACAGCCCAAAAUUACCCUUCUUAUAAAGUCGAUACGAAAACCUACACCUGAUGUACAGUAGAGAGCCAAGGAUCGUGGCAGGAAACAGUACUACACUGCUUGAGCAACAACAAUAAUCAUUUAAAAAGACAAAAAAACUUUCCUAUGGAACAGUAAGUGCAAUGUGCUUUGUUUUUAUAUUGACUGAGAACAAAUGAUAUAUAUUUUUUAAAAAAGAAAUUAAACGUCACACUGAAAAGGUUUGCGGAAUAGUGAAAGGAGCAUAUGUUCAGACAAAAAACAAAAACGAAUAGACUCAAAUCAAAACAAGCAAUGGUAGCUCUGAUCUAUAAACUUCCAUAAUCACUUCCUCAGCCCCUAAUUUGUGCUCUGACCAUGCAAGCUCAAACAAACUGCAUAUUUGGCUUUGACUUAUUAGAGCAAUUCUCAAUGACCUUGAAAGGAAUACUGUCUAAUAUAUCAUCAGUUUUAGCCCAUGUCAAUUUCAAAUAUCAUUUCUUUCCUGUAAUUUAUUGAUUUCAUUUACAUAUCAAUACUCACUUGUUAAAUUAGCGUAUUUGUGUUGUUGAUGUUGCCAUAGAGAACACACAUGGGUCAAAGAUUAUGUUUGGUUGCAUUGAUUGGGUACAAUUUGUUAUUUUUCUUCCAUUAUUUAAUUAGUUGCAGUUUUUACAGUGUAUGCAGAUUUUAGACUUAGUUAGAUUUUUUUAUUUCAAUCAAACUGUGUUCAAUUGUGUUUGUAAAAGUCUGUGGUAGCUUUUGUUGCAACAUAAAAUAAUUUAAACAGAAAAAAUUCAAAAUAGCGCCAACAAACUUGUAUUAUUUGGGCGACUUUAAGCUUGUAGUUUUAACUUAUUGUUAACUUAAAAACUAUUUAUUAUGAUUAUUAUUAUUGCCUCGUAUAAAGUAUGUUUUGUGUAUAUUUAUGGUUUAUUUCAUUAUAUUUGCAAGUUUAAAAGAUUUUAAGUUUGCCAAAAUUGUGGUUACACCAUUUUGUUUCUUAAAAAGGGGGACAAAUAGAAAAACAGCUUUAGAAGUACGAUUUGGAAACGUUCUCCAUAGUCAAAGAAUGCACUGCUAUAUUUAACUAAUUGAAGUGUAUAAACAUACAUGCUGUGUGCUAGAUGUUAUGCCUUUACUGCCUGUGUUCUGUUUGUCUUGUUAAAUGAAAAUCUUUUAAUUAUUUAAUCUAAUCACAGUCUUGUUUUUUCAACCACUCGGUCAACCCCUAAGACAUGGGACAGCCCCUUCAGCGAGGCUUUGGCCCAUUUAGGGUCUGGCAACUAGCGAGGACCCGAGGGAUGUCCGUGGUGCGAUACCCUCACAAGAUACCUUCCUGUCUUUGCUAAUGGGUUGAUAAAAAAAAAAAAAAAAGAUAUGAAGGGUUCUGUGUG